GCAUCCUUUUAAGACACAUACGUGUGUUGAAAUUGAUUUAAAUGAUCAUAAUGACUUGACAGCCCAGUGAGAAAGCCAAGGCUACAGGCACUCUGAGCUGCCUAGGGGAGGCCUGUGGAGAUCCCUUCAUCUCAGACUCUCCACCUAAGGCAAGGCAUUACCUCAGGGUUGCACGGUGCCUGGCGUCUCUGCCCUAACUGUCUCCCUUGCUGUAUGUAUCACAGUCAGCCCUGGGUCCUGGCGCACGCCCACGAGGCUGAAGCUGGCUCUGCGCACUUCACAGUCCGGGCGGCCGGCUGGCAGGGAGGAUGCGGGCAGGCGGGGCGGCCAGGGUUGGAGGGAGGGGCCGCGCCCCAUGUUCGGCUGGUGACUGCGCCUUCCGCCCCGGCUCGCCUAGGCUCCCGGGAUGCGCGGAGGUGGAGGCGGCGAUGGCGACGAUUCCUCUAGCCGGGCAGCAUUCAGGCCGCCGGGCGCAGCUGGGGUCGCGGCUGCAACGUGGAGGAGGAAGGGCUGCGCUGCGGCCAUCGAGCAGGCUUCUCUUCCUUGGCCCUCUUUUGGCACAUGCCCCUCGUCUGUGAGUUGAGGUCCUGACUUUCUUCCUGUUGAUUUUUUUUUUUUUUUGAGAGCACAAGAGACACCUUUCUCUGAAGAUGAACUCGAGUGUCCCUCUUCAGAACACUGCCAAUGCUACCUUGCUGUACAUGCCUCCCUCGCAGGGAGGCAACGGCACGUCUCUUCGGGAGGAUCUUCGAGACUUUAUCCACACAGCCACCUUGGUGACUUGUACUUUCCUGCUUGCUGUCAUCUUCUGUCUAGGCUCCUAUGGCAAUUUUAUUGUCUUCUUGUCUUUCUUUGACCCAGCCUUCAGGAAGUUCAGAACCAACUUUGAUUUCAUGAUCUUAAACCUGUCUUUCUGUGAUCUCUUCAUCUGUGGGAUUACGGCUCCCAUGUUCACCUUCGUGCUCUUCUUCAGCUCAGCCAGGAGCAUCCCAGAAACAUUCUGCUUCACCUUCCACCUCACCAGUUCAGGCUUCAUCAUCAUGUCCCUCAAGAUGGUGGCUGUGAUUGCCCUGCACCGGCUCCGAAUGGUGCUAGGGAAACAACCUAAUUGCACGGCCUCCUUUUCCUGCAUCUUGCUCCUCACCCUGCUUCUCUGGGCCACCAGUUUUACCCUUGCCACCUUGGCUACGUUGAGAACCAGUAAGUCUCACCUUUGUCUCCCCAUGUCCAGUCUGAUGGCUGGGGAAGGGAAAGCCAUUCUGUCUCUGUAUGUUGUUGACUUUACCUUCUGUAUUGCUGUGGUGUCUGUCUCUUACAUCAUGAUUGCCCAGACACUCCGGAAGAAUGCUCAAGUCAAAAAGUGCCCCCCUGUGAUCACAGUCGAUGCUUCUAAACCGCAGCCAUUCAUGGGGGCCUCUGUGAAGGGCGGUGGAGAUCCUGUGCAGUGCACUGUGCCGGCUCUGUACCGGAACCAGAAUUACAACAAACUGCAGCACUCUCAGACUCAUGGGUACAGUAAGAACCCCAGCCAGAUGCAGAUCCCUUCAACCAACCGACUCCAGCUAGUAUCAGCCAUCAACCUUUCUACUGCCAAAGACUCCAAAGCCGUGGUCACCUGUGUGAUCAUAGUGUUGUCCGUCCUGGUGUGCUGCCUUCCUCUGGGGAUUUCCCUGCUGCAGGUGGUUCUGUCUGACAACGGGAGCUUCAUCCUGUACCAGUUUGAACUGUUUGGAUUUACUCUGAUAUUUUUCAAGUCAGGAUUAAAUCCCUUUAUAUAUUCUCGGAACAGUGCGGGGCUGAGGAGAAAAGUGCUCUGGUGUCUCCAGAACAUCGGCCUGGGCUUACUCUGCUGCAAGCAGAAGACUCGACUUCGAGCCAUGGGCAAAGGGAACCUUGAAAUCAACAGAAACAAAUCUUCCCACCACGAGACAAACUCUGCCUACAUGCUGUCUCCAAAGCCACAGAAGAAAUUUGUGGACCAGGCCUGCGGCCCAAGUCACUCAAAGGAAAGCGUGGUAAGUCCCAAAGUGUCUGCUGGACACCAGCACUGUGGUCAGAGCAGCUCGACACCCAUCAACACUCGGAUUGAACCUUACUACAGCAUCUACAACAGCAGCCCUUCACAGGAGGAGAGCAGUCUGGGAAGGUUACAGACGGUAAACUCUUUCGGGUUUGCCAGUUCGUACAUUGCCAUGCACUAUUACACCACGAACGACUUGCUGCAGGAGUACGACAGCACAUCGGCCAAGCAGAUCCCCGUCCCCUCUGUCUAAACCCCACGGCCAGGGAAGGGGGGGGGGGCUUUUCCCAGACUGAACAAGCCUUGGAAAGAUGCUGAGGUCGGUGGCAAAGCAAAACUUGAAGAGUCGGCUGAAGAGUUGACCAUUAGAUUUUCUUUUGUCUGAGAUAUUAGUAUCUGGAUUUGCUUCGUGGUUUAUUGACAUUUUGCGACUUGAUGUGAAAGCUUAUUUCCAUUUUUACCCCGAUGUGUGUCCCAGUCUUUUGUACUGAACGACUAAGACGACGCCGGGAACAACCCUACGAUGACCGCCUUUCAGUCAGUGUUGUGGGUCUUUAAAUACGCAUGGCCACAUUUUUAAAGGUGUCUGAAAAAUGGUCUUUCUGAAGUGUCAUUUUUAUAAGCAUAUGAAAUUUGACUCUUUGAAGUACUGAAGCAGAAAACAGUAUGCUUUUUUUUUGGUGGCAAGUUGAUUUAAAUAAAAAACUUAUUGUUAAAGCAGAGAAUAGAAAUGUGUUACCUGUACCGCUGUCCUUAUCAGAAGUUCUCAGCCAGUGUGAGGCCCUCCCCCUAUAAGACAGUUACCUAACAACACAGAGUUGGGAUUCUUGUCACUUCUAACUGUACACAUUGUUGUUUUGUGUCAACUGAGUAACUAGCUUUACAAGUUACCAGUUAAUUGCUGUUACAGAAGGAUCUUAACCCGGAAUCCAGUGUGGGGCACUGUUCUGAGAGAGCAGACGCGGUAUGUCUCAGCAGUUUGUCUGGGGAAGGCAAUGGACCCAUUCAUCAUACAUUUAACACUAACUACCCUUAUUUAACAAGAUGUAGAGAUGCACUUGCGGGGGGUGACGUAGGCUUUCCUUCUGUAUGAGGAGAAUUUAGUAGAGAGCCACCUGACAGUGUUCACAUAGAUAUUCAAAAAUAACCUUUUGAAUUUAAAUAUUGCUAUAGAAAAAUUUCAAGGUCAUCUAUUAAUAUUUUCAUAUGGAGGUUUUCGAGUUUCUAUUCUAUUUGUAUGGGGCUGGAGAUCGAGCCUAGGCCCUUGUGCAUGUUAGGCAGCCAGUCUAUCACUGCAGUACACCCUAACCCCAAACUAAUUGUUUUAUAGUCUCCCAUUAACCUUAAACUGGAAAUGAGCAACUAUGUUAUUCCUACACCUCAGACUAGUUUUCUUAGGUCCACUGAGGCCUAGGAGGACAAUUGUGAAAUCACAUUUUUAAUGUAAAAACAUUUUAGUCCUGCAGUUAGGAUUUGAACUCACUAGAAUUUUGGAAUGCUAACUGUUAGGCCCAAAGUAGAGUAUCUUUACAAACUGUUAUAUUCAACUAGAAGUCUCAAAGCUCAGAAGCGCAAGGAACAGAAAACACUCAGAUCAGAACACUCUCUCCCAGGCUCCGCCCAAACUCCAAGAUGUCAGGAGGUGCUGAGAGGUGGAGUAGCUCCUGAGUCAGAACAAGCCUCUAGCUAGAGCUAGCAGCUCCAGCCACAGUCACUUCAGGGUUCGCCUAGAGCUCGCCUGCCUAGCUUUCCUCUUCUUUUCCCCCCUUUCUCUAUUUUUCUACCAAGGUUUAUAGCAUAUCCACUCUCCUUUAUCUUGGUAGCUGGGUUCUCUUUGGAAAUCACUCUUCCCUGUGGCAACUGUGUUUUAUAGAUUCAGCACAACAUGGUUCCCACUAAUAUUUCCCCUGAGACAGAGUCAGCAAAGAAUUAAAAUAUCUAAGACAUCUAAUAUCUUCUCCCAAAAUCAUUUGGAGAAUUUUGGCAAAUUACCAAUUAGACUUUUUCUUUUUCUUUUCUUUUCUUCUUUUUAGGACAGGGUUUGAAAGGCUGUCCUUGGAAUUAGCUCUUUAGACCAGGCUGGCCUGAACUUGGAGAUCCUCUUGUCUCUGCCUCCUGAAUGCUGAGAUUAAAGGCUUGUUUCACUACCACCCAGCACCAAUUAGACUUUUGUCUUAAUUAAAAACUUAGCAUUAAGUCCAAUAAAGGAGGCAAACGUGUAAUCAAUAACAGUGCACACGUUUAAAGGUGUAUAUCUCUGGGGCUUGGGAGAUGGCUCAGAGGUUAAGACUACUUGUUCUUCCAGGGGACCCAGGUUCAUUUCUCAGCACCCACGCAGUGGCAUAGCCAUCAGUAAUCCCAGUUCACUGGGGCCCUGCACCCUCUCCUGACCGCCAUGGCACCACAUAUAUGACGCAUAGGCAUAAAUGCAGGCAAAACACUCAAACACAUUAAAAUAAAAUUAAUUACAUUCAUAAAAAAGGUAUCAUCUCUUUUGAGGGAGCAGGCAUUUAAAAUGUGACUUAACAAAAGGUCAUAAAAAUUACUACUUGUAAAUUUUUAAAUGCUAGGUUUCCUUGUGUGACCUUUAUGUUUGAAAUUAUUUGACAAGCAUGGGGCCCAUUUUUAAGAAGUACAAUUUAUACAACAAAGAAGACAAAGCAUGUACAUAGAGAGUGUUCAGUUUCUUUAUGUUCAUCAAGAAAUUAUUCAAUUUGCAUGAAAUAUAUAGUGGGCUAGAUCCCUGGCUCCCCUCCUAUCUUUAGAGAGGUAAAAUGUGUUUCUUCAUAAGCUACAUAUGUCUGUCUGUACCAGUAUAAUGGUCAUAUUGGCAUAGGCAGAUAUAUAUAUAACUUGUCACCUCAUAAGGGCUAAAAAAUUAUAAAUCAAAGUAAUGAAAAUUCAGUUGAAUAUGAUUAAUUUGCAGGAUACAUUAAUUUUUCUCUUGAUGCUUACUGUGUGCAAAUUAUAUAUCUCUAAAAGUUUUAUAGUAAGUGUUCUCAUGUUAACCAUUAGGCCAGAUUUCUAUUUCUGAUGUUUUAAUGUGCUUUUAAAAUAAGUUUGGAAAAUAAAAGUACUGCAAAUCCUAA